CGAGAUCAGCGAAGUGUAAAAGAUUGCUCAACUGAAUUUAAUUUUCAACACUCAAUCGAUAGUCAUAGCGGUGAAUACUCACCACAUUCAACACCUUCCAUAACACACCCACCGCCAACGCUCGGUCAAGCCGAGCACGAUCUACUCAAACAGUUUGCUUUGCUUUUCGGCCCCGAAUCCGAUGUCAAUACAUAUUAUAUAUUAGAUUCAGACGUUGAUGGUGAUGACGAAGACACUGGCGGUAAGAGUUCGUCAGCAAAUGUGCAUAUCGAACAGACGACUGCCGAAAUUAAUCAGGUCGGUUCACCACUCGAAACCACCCGCACAACGCCGACAAAGAGUGUGACCAGCUCAAUGACAAUUUCACCAGAAUCACCAUCGUUUACAGUUAACGAGGCGCAUCUACCGCACAUACCAUCUUCAUCUACAUCCAGCUCAUCCAUGUACGCCAUACGCACGCCAUCACCGAUACGAUUUCGUCUAUUGGAAUCGCCAAGCUCCGAUAUCGACGGCAUCACCCUUACCGAGAUGGUGGAGGUACAUUGCCCGCCGACGAAAGCACUCGACGUUAGAGUGAAUAUGGAGCAUUUGCAAAGUGGGGUUGUUGGCGUCAAUGUCACCGAUGAGUUUCCGAGUCAAAAUAAUAAUACAUCCUGUUCUAUGUCAUCCACCCUAACAGAUAGCAAAACUGUUGAUGUACGAACACCGAUAGUAGUUUAAGCUUGUGUUAAAAAAUAUGUCUGUAUGUUUGAAUGUGGUAACCAUGGUAUUUAAUUGGACCUAAGUUGGUAGUGGCUACAUCCUCCAUGUGCUUGAACCCCGACAAGAUUAGUUGAAGUGCAGCAAAGCCACAAAAAUUACAUAGAAGAGUGUAAAGCAACAAAGCUAAUUGUGGUAAAUGAGGCGCAAGUAUCCUACUCGUAACCAGAAGCUUAGCUUCGUAGUUUGUUAAUUAAUUGUAUUCAGGCUUGUAAAUGUAAUUAGGCUGCGAAAUCAAACGUCAAAACAAUUAUUACUUUCUACUGUCGAAUGGUUUUCGGAGAGCUGAAUAACUUAGUUAGUCACUUUGUUUAGCAAUUUUAUUGGAAAUUAGGGGUUAGCAUAGAGGUGUUAUAAAGGUGAGUCUAGGAAGCAAGUUGUUUCGACAGGUUUGCACUAUAUGCAGAAGACUCUGAGGUAUGUCUAAAGCUGUGUAUACGGUAGAUGGAGUCUUAGGCUCAGGUAGUGUGUAAAGAAUAGCAAGACCCCAAGCGUCUAGUGGAGAUGGGAAUGAAAUGUCUCCUUUUCCACAGUCUCACAAUACACAGGGAAAGGUCUCUUUCUUACAUCUUGACCCAUCUUUAAGCCUUUUCCACCAAGGGUUGCAAUUUAAACUGUCGAUAAUAUGUAAAAAAAAAAUAGUCAGAUCCGUUGAAGCUUGGUUAACGAACUGAAUUUAUCGCGAUAAUUCUGCUUUGUCGUAUUGGUUAAGGAUCUAGCUAAGAUUUGCGAAUACAGCGUUAAUCGUUAGCAAGUAGUGAUGUUAUAGAAAAAGAACUGUGAGUUUUAAAAUAAAAAAAGUUUUAAGUUAUAGAAAUUAGUAUGAGUAAAGAAAUUUUGCAAUGUGUACAAAAAUUAUAAUGUUAUUCUUUUUUGACGUCAUAAAACUGUUUGGGGAGCCAUAGAAGACAGUCAAAAGGUUAAAAAACGGCUUGCUUGUGAGUUCACAGAUAUUACCACUUGGCCUCUUUUACCAUAAAUUGCUUUGUUUUUACUGUUAUAAUUGAAAUUUACUCUACUCGUAUAUGCUACAUUAAUUUCGUCAAUUUAUUUCCGUAUAGAUGCCAAGAAAAUAUUAUUUGAAUAACAGCUUUCAAUAAUUUCAUAUUAUUUAAUAAAAUUGUUAUUUUGAAAGUUGUAUACGUCAGGAACUAUGGAACCUGACGUACAUAUACCACGUUCAAAAUAAUAAUUUUAAUGAAUAAUGCUGUCCCUGAAACGGUGUAAAAUACGCUCUGAACAUUUUUUAGAGAAUCAGUGUGUUAUAUUCUUAUGGUUACGGCUGGAUUCUAGCGCUUGUACUAUCUUUGGCAUAUUUUACACAUACAUUUCAUUACAUACAUACAUAUGUAAAUUCAUUUAAAUAUUUAUGUACAUACAUAUGUAUAUAAUGAAAAUUAAAAUUUUUCUCUGAUUUCUUGCUAAAUUUGGAGACAAAAGGAAAAAGCAGACUCUUUACAGUCAAUUGAAAGCGUUUGAACAAAACCUUCUUACAGCAGUACUAACACACAUUUACGCUUGGAUCUGACCAGGGUUGCAAAUA